GGGGUGCCCUAGCAAAGCGCAUUAGUACAGCGACUGCUCGCCCGACUGCACGUAUCAGUCGGCUCCAGCUCCGUAUUAAUUGUUUAAUCCAUGUGUAUACCAGCCAGAGGAGAAACAUGUAUUACUAUAUGGAAUUUAAUGAUCGGUUUAAUCAAGAGACCGUCACGACGGUGGAUUCUGCCAGCAUCGCAGCACACCUGCACGAGCCGCGUGAACUACACUUUCCCCCGUUCGCGCCGUCGACGCCGCAGAGAAUCUCUUCGGAAGACCUAGCAGAGGCUCUUCGCCCUCACCUUCUGCCACCAGAGCGGAUGUGGGCAUUAGGAUAUCCCCUGGAAAUAGAGCCAGACUCAUUGAAGGCAGUGUUCUACAUAAAUCCGCCGCUUCGAUCGCGACCCCUACCGUAUACCGUAUCGACGUGGGACGUUAACGCUCCGGAGUUCGUGCCAAGCGAUUCAUAUGGUGACAGCGGGCAAGGUUCGUGGGGCUCAACUUCACGGUCCGACAGUGAAGAAGAAACCGAUGCCGUGGAUGUACAUUUGUGUGUGCGUUGCAAUAACGUAUAUGAAGUGACUCGCGAAGGCGAUUAUUUAAAAAAGGAGUCGUGUAUGUACCACUGGGGCCGUCUCAUGGGAGACAGGUAUACAUGUUGUGAGGCGGUGUUCGGUACCAGAGGUUGCACACUAGCAUGCUUCCACGUAUGGAGUGGUACACGACCGGGUAUGAACGGGCCUUUUGAGGGAUAUGUACGAGCGCGUUCACCACGCGGAGGAGUAUAUGCGCUCGACACAGAAAUGUGUUAUACAACGGCAGGAUUGGAACUAACGAGUAUUGCCGUUAUAGCACCAGAUGGCCGACUAGUAUAUAAAGCAUAUGUUAAACCAGAGUCGCCUGUUGUUGACCACAAUACCCGGUUCUCAGGCAUCAGGCCGCGCGACUUGGGUCGCGCGACCAAGACUUUAAGAGAUGUGCAGAACGACAUACUAGGAUUCGUUGGAACCGAUACGAUACUGAUUGGCCACGCUUUAGAUAACGACCUCAGAGCGUUGAAAUUAUUACAUAGUGCAGUACUGGACACAUGUGUAUUAUACCCUCACGCCAAAGGCUUCCCAUUAAAGCGAUCGUUACGUGAUCUUUCUAAGGAAUUCCUUGGAAGAAUCAUACAGCAUGACAUCGCAGGUCAUUCGCCUUUAGAAGAUGCUCGGGCAGCUAUGGACUUGGUUCUUCUUAAAGUGCACGAGGAGAGAGAGAACCAUGCGCUCGAAUGGAAUCAAUCGCACGUUUUGUAACCGAAUGAUCAACCAGUCAGUGCCGCGUAAAUUAUAUAGUGAUAAUUUGAAACAAUUGUUCUAUAAACUAUGAUUUACUACUAUGUUAUGUUGUAUAGAGUGAAACGAUAUUUUUGUGACUAUAACGUUGACGGAGAGCGCGUACUGAAUAGUAUGUGCUUUCGGAUUGCAUUCAGGCAAUAAACGUGUUAUUUUUUUAA